AUGCUCGCGGGCGCCCGUCGCUUGGGAGCGACGGAAAAUUCGAAAGACAAGCGCGAGACAAAGAAGAGACGAAAUGAAUCUCCCGAGAGCUCGAUCGACGUCUCGGACGCCCCGUCGACGUCGAACGCGAACGAAAUCGGGAAGAUAUACGUCACGAUCGAGUGGGGCUCGCGAACGCGCGGACGGUCGAACGAGGGGGACGGAGAGAGGGUGACGUGCGCGGAGGUUCCGCUGCGGGUGUCGACGAAACUCAGAGGAGCGACGUUGGUGGAUCGGUGCGUGGAACUUCCGCCGGGGAGCGGACAGGAGUCGUGGAUGUUGACAUGGGGAUCGACGACGUUGAAUCACGGACAAUUGCACGGGCAGGAGGGUGGUGGGUGGGCGCUGGACGUCACCGAAGGCGACGCGCGUUUGACUCUGAGAGUGCCGAACGGGACUUUGUUGAGACAUCCGGCGUUGGCGAGAGAGACGGGGGGGAAGCGGAGCGUUCCGAAGGCUUUGAUGUGUGGUCCGAGAGCGCUGAUCGAUUGCGAGGACGAGGCAACGGAUAGCGCGACGGAGACGACGAGGGACGACUCGAACGCCGGAGCGCUGAACGAGCCGAGCAGACGCGCGUUGCAUCCCGGACGGACGUGCGACAACGACAUCGCGGCGCUGUUGAAGGAUCACAAUGUGUUCGGAAAGAAGUCUAGGGAGGGGUCGAUCGUGGACGUGGGGUCAGGGUGCGGUUCGUUCUGCGCCGGUCUCGCUCAGAAGUUUCCGGGAGUCAACGUGUGCGGGAUCGAGUGUCAGGAGGAGUUGGUCGAGCAGGCGCGACAAAAGUUUCGAGGCGUGGAGUUCGUGUGUGACAGAGCCGAGAACUGCCUGCAUACCUGUCGCACCGCCAACGUGGUGAUCGCGACGACGCAAAACUUUGACUACGAGACGACGAAUCACAUCUUGCGAGUCGCGGCCGAGCUUCCGCUUCUGUCGCAUCUCGUCAUUAACGAUUCCAACCUGUGCCGACCAUCCUGCCGUUCCAUGCUCAAGUCAUGCUGUUGCUUCGAGCCGCUCGAGACGAGACAGAUCAAGACUCACUGGGGUAACUCAUUCUUGAACUUUACAAUUUACCGGCGUCACGUCAGGUGGGCGUACGGAUCCAACUUCCUCCCGCGCGGCGUCAAAACGGCUAAGGCCCUGAUAGAGGGCAACGCCCAAGAGCUCCUGCUCCACAAAUCCGAAGAAAACUCCCAGUGA